GGCCAGGUGACUGUUGCUGAACCGAUGAAAAUUGUAGCCACCAAUAUUGCUGAUAUGUAUAAAUGGGCACAAAGCAGAGUGUUUAUGAGAAACCGGGUACUUUGGAUUAUUAUAAAUUCAACGCGGAAGAAUAUGCCCUGGUUAAGAAAGUAUGGUCAGGCAUCGAAAUUAAUCCGCAAUUUCAUGGUAGCGCUUGCUUCAGGAGCUUUUGCGAAAGAUAUCCGCAAUACGUGAAAUUUUUCACUCAGGAGUCCAAAUUGCACUUGAGUUUCGAUACACGUGUCACGGCCAAAUUUACAAACAUCAUGGAAGCUAUAGGAUAUCUUUUACUGGAUUUUAACAAGAAGCCGAAACAGUUAGAUCGAUUAGUCGGUUACAUAGCUAUGGUACAUAAGGACAUGCGAUUAGUCGAGCAGGAUAUGCAUAAUCUCGUGACAUCCUUAUUCGAGUACUUGUCCCGAAUGUAUCCCGCGUACAUGACUGCUCACUGUCAGCAAGCGAUGUCCAAGUUCAUGGAUAGCGUUAUAAAGGAGCUCUUCGUGAAGAUGAAAACCUUCCGUGAUUACGACGUCGCGCAAUCAUCGGAAGUGAAUGCAGUUGUGCGAUCGAAAUCGCCGUGGGGACGAUACUCGCUCUUCGGCGAACCCCUAAUAUUCGGCAAGACCAAAUUAUAUUGGGAUGAAUGGAAGAAGCAGUGGAAUGCGCGGCUGGACGAAUGGGAGAUACAGGCAGCAUCCGCUGUUCAAGAACUGAUCUCGUUCACAAACAACGAGACAUUGAAGUCUAGGAUCGAUCUCAGCAAUGAGAACAGGUUUGUCGGCGUCUUGCAGCGGAAGGUCUCCGAAUUAAUACCGAAACAAGAAGAUUUUGAUGCGUCUUCUAGCCUGGCGCUGUUAACGCUGAGCAAAACGAUCGAGAGUUCGCCAAAUCAAACGCGAAAACAGACUAAUCAACAGUGUCGUAAGCGGCGGGUUUCGACAGUUCGUCUUCCGCACGGGCAUCCGGAAGGUGCGAGUACUCCUCGCGAGAGAUAUCGCAUCGAGAGUUCCUUUCGUAACAUUUCGAAACCGCGACCAGAUGGAACGAUACUAAGGAUGACCAGCCAACUCUUGGAUCAUCCGGCGCUCGGCAAAACUAUCCUCUCCAAGGAUCAAGGUAACCAUGAGAAAAUGAUCGAGCAGCAGAAAUGCGAAUCUUCCGAAAUCGCUGAAUACCCUAAGUCGCACAAUACUGCUCGCGAGAGACGUCGAGACCGUUUCAAUGUCGACCUGAAAUAAUGAAGAGGAAAGACAAGUUUUAUACAAUAUUCAAUAUGCUUUUAAAGUGUCUAUUGAUCUAUGUAUCAUCGAUUUCAUAUCGCAAAUUAUUAAUCAUUAAAGCACUUCUCGAUACUGUAUAAAGUUCAAAAUACGAAAAAUAGGAAUAUUUGUUUAUUUAGUUAAGUUACUAAAGUUACUUAAGUUUCACAGUUCAUAAUUUUUUAAUUUUAAAAGUACAAUGAUAAA